UGAUUAGCUAAUCAAAUUUGCCUCCCGCAGAGAAUUAUCAAAAAUUUAAUGUUCAAAAUAUAGUGUGACCUUAUUUCAAAAUUCCCAAAAUAAAUUGUCUGGAAUAGAGCCGUAGUAAAUUUGAAUUCACCUUAUUUCAGAUGAGGUGAAUGGAUGGAUAAAAAAAUUACCUUUUUGAAUUUGAUGACGUUUUAGGAAAAAUUAAUAUGAUUAUUUUUAAACAUGCUAUGAAAAUUCCCUCAGCAUUAUAUCAAAUGAAAAGGAACCUAUCUAGUAAAGGAAGCAAGUUAAUUGAUGGUAAAAAGAUAUCGCAAGAGAUUCAAAAAGAAAUUCGGGUUGAAAUCGAUGCUUGGAUGAAUAAAGGACAUAGAAGGCCAUGUCUCAUAGCCAUCCUGGUUGGAGAAAAUCCUGCUAGCCAGAAAUAUGUUCACAAUAAGAUGAAAGCUGCAAAAGAUAUCGGAAUCACAUCAAAAACAAUCAAGCUGCCAAACACUACAACCGAAUCGGAAAUAAUCGAAGAAAUCAAAAGACUGAAUGAGGAUUCUUCAGUUGAUGGUAUUCUGGUUCAACUUCCGGUCCCGGAACAUGUUUCAGAAAGGAAUGUUUGUAAUGCUGUUGACCCUCACAAAGAUGUAGAUGGAUUUCAUAUUACUAAUAUGGGCAGACUGGCAAUAAAUCUUGAUACAUUCGUACCAGCUACAGCUCUUGGAGUUAUUGAACUAAUCAAAAGGUCCCAAGUACCAACAUUAGGCAAGAACGUCGUGGUCUGCGGCCGUUCCAAAAAUGUCGGUCUUCCAAUAGCAUUACUGUUGCACUCAGACGCCAGAAACGAAUGUCCAGGUCACGAAGCUACUGUAACCAUAUGUCACCGACACACCCCGCCAGAAGAACUGUCAUGUUUCACCAAGAGGGCCGAUAUAAUUAUCACCGCGACUGGAAUAGUAAACCUCAUUAAGGCUGAUAUGGUCAAACCAGGGGCUUGUAUAAUCGACGUUGGUAUCAAUAGAAUCAUGACUGAGGAGGGUAAACCGAAAAUAGUAGGGGACGUCGACUUUGAAGCUGUAUGUGAAGUGGCAGGACAUAUAACUCCGGUACCAGGCGGUGUUGGACCAAUGACUGUAGCCAUGUUGAUGUUUAACACUUUGAAAGCCGCGAAAAACUUGGUAAAAAAUCAACAAUAAUGCUAUAAUGUGAUUCAGUAUUAAUAAUUUAUAUUGAAAUAUAUCAUUUUCCUUUACAUAAAAAGUAUUAUUCAUUUACUGUCAAACACAUUUAUUUUAUUUAUAAAUAUAUAGGAUUACCAUUAUAAUGGUAUAUAUACAAGAAUGUUAAAUAUUUUACAUUAUUAAAUAAUUUUGCACACAGA